ACGUUGCGUUGUGCGACAGACAUGCAUUGGCCAUUGCAUUCAUAUCAGGCAAUUGGCAAGGUUUUUAACGAACACCAACGGGUAGCGUUUUUAUGAUAUUUGAUUUUAAUGUCCAUUUGCAGCUUUUUGUACUGUAACGCUUUUUAUUGCACAUUUCCCAUGUUGCUGGUGAUGACCUCUUCCUUUCAAAAUGCUACAGAAUCGCUACAGGGUUUCGUUCGCGAAAGGCUUUCACUGAUGCUUCGUGUACCGGUUUCCUCGCGUGAAGCAAAAAAAACAUCGCACUAUGGGAACUCGAAUCGAUGUUGUAGUGUGCGUUUUUAAAAUAAUCAUUCGUGCAUACCUAUCUGUACGUGCUUUAGUGCAGUGUAAGUACAUAGCUUUCAAUGAAUAAACUAGUCGACGAUGCAUUAACCAAAGCUUUUGCGGGGAGCGCACAUCGAUGGAGCUUUUUGACGAGAACGCAUCAUGUUUUCCCACUGUGACGGCAUUCACGCUGCCGGUUGCUAUGGUUUGGUGCAUCUCGUGUUGCUUGGAUUGUUACUUAGCGAUAGUUCGCAUCGGCCGCACGUAGGCGCAGCGUGUUGCUGGUUUCUUGUAUCUCUUUAGAAGUUUAUCGGCUACACAUCUGCUCCCGGGUACGUAAAUAAAGUCUUCCAACAGUUCCGUUUCCAAGGAAAUGCGCGAGGUGAAAUGUUGUUAGUGAAAAUUCUUGUUUAAAAAAUGUGAAACUGUACAAAAAAAAAAAAGUUGUGCUGCGUAUGUUUCAAUGUUUUCCAAGAUAAAGAAUCGUGCGUGCCAAAAUCGAGCCAAAAAUACUUCCGAAAAAUGUGGCACCCAGCGAAAGGUCGUAUUGUGAAAGAGAUAAAAAAGCAACGUUAAAAAGAAGGUGAAGAAAGUUCAUAAUUUAAAAUUGUGAUGUGUUUUUAUAUACCAGCAAUUACAUGGCGGUUUUUUUUACAUUCGGCAAACGUAAAAUAGUGGCCACAAAUAAAAAGGAGAAAUUGUGACGACAAAAAAAAAAAAAAAUACGCAACACAAGUGCACACACACAGCUUUUUAACACGGUCAUCUCUUCGCAUGAAAAGUGGUUCAUAUGCUUCCGGCAAGAUAUGAACGAUACGACGAUUUGCACUGUGCCGAUUUGACCGAUCAUCACCGGUGGAAGUGACCUCAAAAGGUUCAGCAGUGCGAUGCGUCGGCAGAGUAACGAUAUUGGAGCGCAAAAAUUGUGUCAAUCGAAAGUGUAUAUAGACCAUACGAGCGGGAUCGUGAUUACGAGCUGUUGGAUGCACAGAGAUUGAUGUGUGCGGAGAAGGCACAGAUGUUGUUUGCAAAGUUUUGUGGAAAACUGCUGCGAGACAAGCAUGGUGAAAGAGUGGCACCGGCAGAAUAGCAGAGCCUGCUAGUGAAGCGUACCAGUAACAUACGCAAACGCGAGACUCAUUAGCAGCAGUUGGAAACGGUUGGAUGGAUUUCUUCCUUUAUAUUUGAAGUUUCUUGUACGAAUAGCACGUUUGAGGAUACAGUUACUUUAGACAAAUAUUGAAUAAUUGAAAUAAUUGCAUUUUUCAACCAAGAACAAACAGUGUUGCUAAGUGAAUGACCAACAAUUAGUAUUAUUUGUGAACCAAGCAUGCCAAGUGUUACGGUUGAUUAAAAGACGCCCAGUAAAUCCAGAAUCUUUGCAAUACACGCAAACCGCCUAUUUGCUCAUGCAUUUUGCGCUACGUGCAGUGUGCAGAGGCAUUUAAAGCACGAUGGGUAACAUUAUGAGCAGCGGUGAUUCUACCCUGCCUAGACAACAGACCCGAAACAGUAGUGGACGGUACCGAACGACGACUCCGUACGAGCAUUGGGAUUACACUAGUACAAAACGAUGCUAUUUUGAGGACGAUGUCAAAAGUCAGCAAAGCUCGCAAGACGCUUGUCCCAAUCUACAGCAGCAGCAGCAGCAGCAGCAGCAGCAGCAACGGUCACCGAGCGCAGAAAACUCUCGCCUGCUGUUCCUGUUGUAUCUCAUUCACCGGACGUGGAAUGUAGUGGUGGAUAGUGUAGAUCACAAGGGGAAAAAAGCACGUUUGGGUCUUCCGCACGUAGAAGAUGCAAAACGCCCGAAAUGUCUGUACGUUGACGAUUUUGAUAGCGAUCUCAAUCUCACCGAUCUGGACGAUCAAUCGAGCAUGUACGGAUCGCAGUACACAUGCUGCACCUGCAGCUACUGUGAAGAGGAAUCGGAACGCGACAACUAUAACAACAUUGCUGGUGGGAAUCGAUUUUCCUUUUGUGAAAGUGAUCUAUCCUACUGUCUGUACCAGAUGGCGCCCAGCGCUGGGAAAAGUCCGCCGGGUGGAGCACAGAUCGGUCCACCGGAUACGAACGACGCAUCGAUGGGCUGGAACGCAAAUGUCAAGGAAAAUCAGCGACCACCGGUCUUUAACCCAGAGGACUAUGUAAUUUCGCUCAAGAAGUACGGCCGCCGAGGUUCGAACGGGAACUUCAAAUCCAUCUACGACACCGCCGUCAGCGAGGAUGCAUCGAGCAAACAGGACAAAUCGAACGAUGCUGUCCGAUCGCAAACACUGCCGCAUAAAAACUCGGACUACCGCUCCCCGAUACCAGCGCCACCAGAAAUGGAUGCUGAAAUGUCGCUGCGUCAGUUCGGUUCCGUGACGGACCUGCUCACCAAAUUGCGGGCCGAUCUGCGGGCAUCGUUUCCAAGCUUCGUGCAGGAGUUUGUGUCGAGUCCGCUGGAUGGGGUCAGCUUGCUGUUGGAAGUGUUACGAGCGGUCCAACUCAGCCAGAGUGCUCCCAUGAACGGAACCACCACCAUGCCACCCGGCGGCAUUGCCAGGAACAAUCAAUCCUAUCAGCGACGUGCGCUUCUGGACGAGCUGGCGUGCUUACAAUGUUUAAGCAUUUGCUGCACGAGAAGUCCGGAGGCCGGCACACGGCUGGGCACAACGCCGAUAGGAUUGCUUCCGUUGGCCGCCGCAGCUACCGGCACGGGAAUACGCUCUCGCAUAGUGGCGCUGCAGCUGCUCACAAUAGCCUGCGACAGAUCGGCGUUGGGCGAUGGGACACAGCGCAGCCAGCUGCACGGCCACACGGCCGUUUCCGAGGCGCUGUCGACGCUGCGUUUGCGUUGUGCCGAACCGGUGCGAUUCAGGCUGCUCGUUGGGAUGCUCAACAGUGGCGGCGGGUCGGGCGAGCUGCAGGCGAUCGGGAUGCGCUUCAUCAACACCUUUCUCGAGAGCUCGGAAAACGUGCAAACGCGACUGUACCUGCAGGCGGAACUAUUUCAGGCGGGACUGGAUCCUUCACAAAUGUGCAAAACCAUAUCGUCGACCUCGCCAUGGCUGGAGCGGCUCCGUCUGGAGGUGAAGCGCUGGGAUGCCAUACGAAUCGAUAUCGAGCAGCUGCAGUUGCAGGCCCGCUCGGCCGAGCAGGUCCGCAGCCGCCUGGUUAUCCUGGAGCGGCGAGUACAAAUCCUGCACGAAGAAAAGACCGUCCUCACCACGAUGGAGCGAAGGUUGCAGGAGCGCUGUGCGGAGCUGCAGCGGGAAGUGCUGCGGCUGAAGGGUACCGGGAGCAACGGCAGCGGUGGUUCGAAAGCUCACGAAAGCGCCAACACUUCGAACGUGGAGAAAAGACCGGUGGCGUUGCCACGUCAGGUGCCACCGCAAGCGAAACGUAACAACGCGUCGGAGAACGAUGACGAAGGUAUUAGCAGCUCGGAGACGGGGCAGUCGUCGACUCCGGAACCGCCACGCCUGUAUCCAGCCCAGAACGGUGGUUCGAGCGCUGGAUCGCACAAGUUUAGCAUAUCGCUCACGCAGGAAAGUACGGUCCCAAUGCACGAGCUGGCCGGAGGUGGCGAAGACGAUACCAACGCGACGAUCGAGGAUGUGAUCGAAGAGCUGCAGAAUAUUGUCAACGAUGCGGAGCGCGAAAUCUCGGACCAGAACGAAAUUCUCUUUCAACAGGCGGACGGCAUACCCGAGCAGGCGCUGUACAGUUUGGAAAUUUCCAACGAACACGAAAUUGUGCCGGUUAACCUGCUACCCCAACCGCCGCGCAAAUCCCGCUCGCUGGCCCACCUGAUCUCGAACCCAUCGGAUGGCGACGGGUCCGGGUACGAUUUGAUGAUGGUUAACAACGAAACCAAGGUAGACUUUUUCGACGACGAGGAGGACCCGGCUGGUGGCAAAGCGAAUAAUUCUUUUUGCGAUGAAAAUGGUACGAGCAGGUACUUCGACAUAGCAGCUACAGCCGCCUCGAUGGAAGCUGCGCAGGAAACUCACGCGGGAGCUGUUUCCUGCGCACCGGAUGUGAUCCAUGCAGCAGCAGCGGAAACCGUCACACCGUCCGUACCAGCGCUACAUCACUCGCGCAGUCGGCAUCCCGCUGCGAAGGAUUCGAACCGAGCCUUACUGAACGUCAUAAUGGACGCGCGCGAUAAGGAAUCGCGUCUGCUCAGGGCCCAGUCGCUGGAGCGGGAACAGCAUAUAUCCCAGGCGGCGACACCACAGCAGUUUAACGGCGUGUUCUUCAUGACCGACAUGAACAGUGCCGGCAAGUACCCGAAGCCCGACAUCACCGCUGCCCUCGAGGCAAAGAAGGUGACGAAGAACCUGGACCGGAUGGGCGCGUACGGGGUGGAUUCGAUGAUCGACAUCGUCAUGACGAACGAACAGCGACUGAAUAAAGCGAAUGCAUACGCAAAGUCGCGCAUGGCUGCAGCCGCGGGCCCGCCGAAUCCUGCCAGCGGAGCUAUCCCGAGCAAGCUGACCGGGAACAACAAUUUCAAGCUUCGGCCCAACACCGGCACCGCUCUCCAGCCUUCGUUCACCAUUGGCACGGGCAUGGUGCGUGAAACGAGCCGCAGCCAAUCCAACAUCGGUGGCUCCAAAGUGACCGACCUCCCGUCUGGGUUGUACUAGCACUCUUGUCGGUGAUGUUGUUCGGGCGUAGGAUUCAACUUUGCUCAAAGUUUUUUUUGUUUUGUUUUAAUAGACACCGUCGUGCAAUAUAUACUAUUUAUUCUUUUAAAGCUGUUUUAUUUUCCUCCAGCGGUAGCCGCAUAAAGAAAAUGACUUUUGCUCACGUAUAAGAAACUGUAACGGAUCGUUGCAAUCGUUGCAAGGCUAAGCUGCUCUUAGAUGAUAAAGCGUACAAUUAGCUGGUUAUCGUUUCCAAGAAAGCGCUAUUUUCUUUACAUUAAGGAUUUGGGUAUGCGAAAGAAAGUAAAACAGGACUCAAUUUUGUUGGGCAGAGAAAAAGAUAGUAUAAGUUUUUUUUUUACUGUUUUCAUGGAACAAGUUUGCUAAGAGUUGUAGCUGACAUGUUUUCAAUAAAAGCUUAUAAAAACCUAACGUAA